CUGGUUCGACCCUCGCAUUAAGACGCAUGGAAACAAUCAGCAGACAACCGAGAGCUGCAUGGUCGAAGUUAGGAAAAGCGCGCGCAACCAAAAAUCGCCGCACGAAAGCGUCUGCUAAUGUUUGGGUGCUCGUGUGUAGUGGGUGGGAGAACAUGUUAAAUGAUCGGUUGUUAGUGAGGAUGUGACGCGAUGAAGAUAUCAAAUUAAUUACAUCGUGAUCUGUUCCGAUUCUUCUCUUUCAGUCGCAUGUUUAAUCCAGAAUGUUGAUUGUUGAGACUCCUGUUUGCCGAGAGGUGCAGUUGAGCGACGAAGCAAGGAGCUGACCUGGACGCCGGGAGAGAACGAUCGGAGAGGCAGCGGGCGUGCUGUGCUGCGGAUCGUGGGCGAGGUUGGCUAGCCAGGGAAGGAGGAUGCUUGAUUAUGAUGUCAAAGGGUUCGUUCUUGUUUGACACUGUCUCAGAAUUAUUGGAUGUGGAUCAUUCUGAUGACACGGCUUUCGGCGCUGCUCAGCAAGAUACCAUUCGGAUGACAUUACAAUAAGCGACACAUUACCGCGAUAUCCCCUAUCUGCUUUGGUGCAGACGAUCGAGCUGCACCGGUUUCAUCAGACCACAGCCAUCUCCUCCUGCUGGUCUUUUUGUCACUCUUUACUUUCGAGUGAAGUUCAUUAACCGGUCCUGUUGUGUCUGCGAAUUGCUGACAGGGAGUUAUUUUAGGAUUUACUUGGCACGGACUUCCAAAAAUGAGGAUCCAAUUCCGGCGGUGUAUUCGUUCAGUCUCUGUCGUUUUAUUUUUUCAUCUUGUGUUCUUGGACCAGUACGUGGCCUUCGCCAACGGAGCUAGAGCUAGGGCUAGUUCCAGGAGCAGGACUAAUGGAAGGAGGACUCAAGAAAGGCCCGCCUCAAGGACGAGUUCUACCAUAACUUUGAGCGCUGGAAGUGUAUACCCUGAUAUUUACGCGAAUGGGAAAAAGACGAAAAACGAGCCAAAAUCGGAGAAAAAGAAACAACCACCAAAUGUUAUAUUAAUAAUCGCAGAUGAUUUAGGCUAUAAUGAUGUUGGAUAUCAUGCGAAAUAUGGCCAAUCGUUAAUUAGAACUCCUAAUAUCGAUCAGAUGGCUUACAGUGGAGUUAGGCUGGAAAAUUAUUACGUACAACCGGUAUGUACACCAACACGAAGCCAACUGGUCACCGGGAGAUACCAGAUUCAUACGGGAAUGCAGCAUUUAAAUCUUUUCCCUGGUCGACCACGUUGCCUCCCCCUCGAUGAGACUACUAUCGCCCAAGCUAUGCAGAAACUGGGUUAUUCCACUCAUGCCGUGGGGAAGUGGCAUCUCGGAUACGCAUGGAAGGAUUGCUUGCCGAGUAGGCGUGGUUUUCAGUCGUUCUUCGGUAACGUGAUGGGCUCGGCGGAUCACUGGUCUCACAACAAGACCUCUAUCUUUGAAAAUCAGAAAGUGAAUGGCAAAUCGAUGUAUUACAACGAACGGAUAUACUGGAAACACGAAGGGACAUUCUCAACUACACUAUACACCAACAGAGCGAGACAGAUUAUCAGAAAACAACCUAGAAAUAAGCCAUUGUUUCUAUAUCUAGCCUAUGAGGCCGUUCACACACCGCUCAAUGUUCCUGAUCAGUAUUCCAGGCCUUACGAAGGUAUCAUCGGCAACUCCAAACGGCAAAAGUACGCAGGACUGGUCAAUAUUUUGGACGAAGCGGUCAAGAACAUCUCGGAAGCUCUCAAAUACAACGGGUUAUAUGAUAACAGCGUCAUAAUAUUCACCACAGAUAAUGGCGGGAGAGCCAGGCCGCGAUCCGUCGGUAACAACUGGCCCCUCCGUGGGGGUAAGAGCACGCUCUGGGAAGGUGGUAUCAGGGGUGUGGGGUUCGUCCACAGCCCCCUUAUACAUUGGGAUCUUCGAGGCACGGUCAACAGACAGUUGAUCCACGUUAGCGACUGGUUCCCGACCAUCGUCAAAGGAAUCGCUGGCGGGAAGCUGGUGACGAAUAAGCCUUUGGAUGGUGUCAACCAAUGGAAAACGAUAUCGAAAGGAGCUGAAUCCAAUCGCCGGGAGAUCUUACAUAAUAUUGAUCCUAUUUACCCCGCUGCACUCUGGACCAGAGAGAAUGAGAGAGACUUUGGUCCUCUCAACAACCUUCCCUUCAAUGCUACAAUGAGAGCUUCUAUACGAGUCGGAAAUUGGAAACUUUCGACGGGUUUACCACACGAGGAUUUCUGGGAACCUCCACGCGAGUCAUCACUGCCCUACGAACCGAACGAUAUACGAUGGAGCACACCGGUACGAUUAUAUAACAUCAAGAAAGAUCCUAAUGAGAGACAAAAUGUCGCGCCAUACCAGAAGAAAGUAGUUUACCGUCUUCUAAAGCGUCUCCAAGAUUACCAGAACACUGCUGUCACUCCUCUUCUACUUGGUGAAAAGGAUGAUAGAGGGAACCCCAAGUAUCACGGUGGGGCUUGGGUUCCUUGGAUGGAUAGAUGAGGGCGCCCCACUUCAAGAACCAUGGACGGUAUAGACAUAUUAAUCGCACUUCCGUGAAGACAUGCAAUUCCAAACCUAUUUUACCAUAACACACGUCAGCUGAUUAAGGAUGCUUUGUGUUGUUCAGGUACGACAUAAACUCUUGUGAUGAUAGUUGCGUAUUACCCUCAGUGAUUAAAUUCCCAACGUAUUCUAUCCUGAAGCAGUCCUUUUGUAAGUCAUUAAGCUUUCCAUAGUGUUGAUUCUUCUGAAGGCCAAAAGCAAGUUGUCUCUAAAUUUUUUUAUGAAUGAGAUCAUAUUUGCUUCUAUCCAGGCAUCACUGUCCCUAAGUUUGGGACCAGUGCAUUCCUGGCAAAAUGUCUUUCGGAUUGAAGGUGAUUUACGCUAUAAACACGUAGAUUCUACAAUGGCUUGUGCUCAACCAUGCCCAAUUACUGGUGAGCAUUAUCUAUACUGUGUAAAUUAGAAGAAAGUAACGUCUAUUCGAGGGUCUUAAAUGUCAAUGACAUUUAAAUAUGACCACUGCGUAACAUCUCUACCGAUUUGUUGUAAGAUUACGCAAUGGUCGAUUAUCUAAUUCGAUUUAUCCUGAAGAUGGUAAGCUUAUACCAAGUACUGUACUAGGUCCUUGUCAGGACCUUCCAUUUUGAAGAAUCAAUGGCGACCUAAUGUAUUAUACCCCUGGUAUAGGUCCCCAGGAUAAUGCCACCCCUUCAAACUAUUGAAGACGUGGGUAAUUAAAAGCAGAAAAUCACCACUUUUUACUAAGAUAAACAUGAUGAUACGGAUGGCUUUUCUGGCUAUCAAUCAUAUCAACUAGAUUCAACUUUAAAAGAUCGUUUUCCAUAUAUAUAUUUUCCAUCUCUACUGCCCCCCCCCCCUGGUUCCCCGAUUGGCGUCCCGUUCCCUUGCAUAACAUACCCAGCUGUUGUGGAAUAUGUAUCGUGGUUUGCCUUGAUGCACCAUGUAUCAAUGUAGAAAAUGAACAGAAGAAUCAAUGGAAUAGAACAUGAUGAUCUGGGGAGCGUUUUGUCAAUAUUUUCGUCCGAAAGGUUGUUGUCAAAUUUGACAACUCUCCUUGAUUUUGAUUGGCUAAAAACUACUGUUCCUAUGGUAACUGUCAGAUAAAACCGACUUUGUCCGAUUUAAAGUCCGAUAAGUCCUUUCAUGAAACGCUCCCCAUGAUAGUAUUCCUCAUCCACAGCUUCUGUCACCAUGGUAACACCCUUACACAUCUUUAACUCGUUCAAUAUUUACAUUUUGUUUCAGUUGAUUUCAUCAAUCUUUUUUAUCAAAAGGAGAUUUACCUAAAAUGGGUUCGGUGUAAAAUUGGCAGAGGGAAAAAUGGCUGCAGAGGUAAAAUGUCGAAGUAUGAAACUGCACAGAUAAAAAUGGCAGAGGUAUAAUGGCAUAGCUAAAAAUCGUAGAGAUGAUGAUGACAGAAGCAAUAAUGGCAGAUCUAAAAGAGCCAAAGGUUCGAAAUAAAAAUGGUUUUGAAAUACCUGUGCCAUUUAUGCUCUGCCAUUUUUACUUCUUCUAAUUUUACCUUUGCAAUUUUUACCUCUACCAUUUUCACCUUUGCCAUUUUUGCCUCUGAUAUUUUUACCUCUGCCAUUUUUGCCUGGCAUCUUAAAAAGACCCAAGACGACGAUCAUAUUUAUUGGAUGUAUUAUUUAGCGCGAGAUCUUGUGUUUGUAAUUUUCAAACCAUGAAAAUGUGUCAAUAUUUCCAUGGUAUAGGACAUAGUAAAUUUGUUUGAUUCCAUUAUUUUAUUUCAUUCUAACCACCUUCGUUUUCUCACAUUUUGUAAUUAACUGUAUUCGCUGUUUUCCUCUUUUAAUAUACUUAACAAAGUAAUUGUAAAAACGAUAUUUAUUUGAUAAUUAUGAUAUAAGGGAUUCGUGUGACAUGAUGAUAGCAGCAUUGGUAGAUAUAAAAGAUAAUCAUGAUAAUUAUGUAAGUCACAUAAAUAAAUCAGGUAAAUUCUA